AUGAGUGCAGACAAUUAUAGUGUUGCGGGGCGAUACCGUACUGUAAGGAAAAAUUUAGAUGCCUUAGGAUACAAACAAGCACUGUCGAUUGAUUCUCUGCCUUUGAUUGAGCUUCUACUGGUUGAUCUUGCGCAAACUAAAGAAAGCUUGAAACACUUCCAGUCUCUUGCUAAGGAUAACAUUGAGGCAUGUAGUCAAUUACAAUUAGCAGUAGAUCCGUAUAAAUGUGAUAAUGCAAAGUUAGUCCAAGAAUGUAAUCAACUUCAUUUGGAAUUGAUAGAAGCUAAAGAAGCAAGUCAGAAGCAAAGUAAUGAAUAUAAGAAGAAAAUAAGAAAAUUGGAGAAUGAAUAUAGUGACUUACAGCUAUCAUUUUCAAAAAAUUUACAAAGAAUUAAGCAGCUAGAAGUUGAAUCUUCAAAUAAAUCAAAAAAAAUUUUGGAACUGCAAGGGAAAUGUUGUAAGCCAAUUGUAAAUAAUGUAAACUUAGCAACUAAAAAACGUACCUGUUAUCCUCUAAGAAGACCAACAUUAGAGACUGAGCCUCUUCCUAGGGCUAGUACUUCAUCUGUAUCGUUCAGUUCAAGAAAGGUUGAACCAUAUAUUGUUGAUUUUGUGUCAAAGGCUGAUCAUAGAAUAAGUUGUUUGAAUAAUGAGGUCAUAAAAUUGAAAGAAGAAUUAUUCAUCAGUCACGAAAAUGUUCAGACACUGAAAUCACAGUUGAAUACAAAAGAAAAAGAAAUAUCCCGCUUACGUACAAUGCUAGAAGGUGGCAGACCGUGUACAUCUAUAAAUAAAGAUCACUGUUGCAUCAGGUCGGAAAAAAUGAACGGUUUCCAUCGGUACUCUCACGAAGACGAACUUGCUAAUUUAGAAGAAGCCAAGAUGAAAUUGGAGCAACAAUUGAAAGAAGCUCUGAAUAAACUGCACGACGCGAUGGCCCAAGCUAUGAAAUUAGCUGAACGAAACGAAGAAUUGGAAAGAGAAUUGAAGGACGUAGAUAGACUUGCUUUGAGAGUUGAAGCUGAUUGUAACUCCACAGUCAAGGAAAAUAAUAGGAGAGUUUGUAGGCUACAGGAAAAAUUGGAGGAUGUAAUGAUUCAAGUUCAUGUACUUGAAAGCGAGCUGACAGUACAACGUCGAGAAGCACAAGAGCUGCGAGCUGAUUUAGAAGCUUGUCGAUUAGAAAAGACAAGUGUGCAGAGAACCUUGGAAAGUACCCUCGAAGAAAAGAAACAGAUGACUGAUAAAAUAAAUAAUUUAACAAUGAUAGCCUCAAGAAAUCAGGAUCAAUCUAGUAAUCGUCAUGAAGUAGGAAGCCAUUCAAAGCAGAGCCCUAAGAGAUGUGCCUGUGCAAAAGAUAUUGCUGGUGAUUCGUCACGAAGCAAUACCGCCGAUAGCUUAAUCCGAGAGAAGAAUAUAAUAAUCGAUUCGCUACAAAAUACUAUUAAGAGAUUAGAGUCGGAACUUGAUCGUGGAAAAAUCGAGUGUGCUAAUUUAUCAGAUCAAUACCGGCAAGAUACUGGAAAAGAACAUGACAGUUUGUGGUCGGAAAUUUGUGAAUUGCGGGCCCAACUGAGUGAAAAAGAACACGCCAUAUCAAAAUUAUUACGUGAGAAGAAGGAAGUCUGCCAAGAGAAGUUUAACCUAGAAAAUAAAUUACUCAUGUAUCAAAACCAGCAGCGAUCUAGUUCUCCAUGUAAUCAUUGUCGCUGUGGAGCGUCACCUUCCAAUGAAAGACGAAGCUCAAGUAUGAGUAAUAAAAUUGAAAAACUUGAACGUGAUAGAGAUGAAGCAAAAGCCGAUGUGGAAAGGCUUAUCAGUGAAAGAGAUGCGCUUCGAGAAAGACUGAAGGGAAGUCGGCGCGCUGCAAUCAGUGGUCUUGAUGAGCAAAUUGAAGAUUUUAAGGAAGAAUUGAAAAGAACUAAACAGGAGCUCAGUGAGCAAAGAACUCAGUAUUUCCAACUAAGAACGCUGCAAGACCAAACCGACCAGGCGUUAGGAGACGUGCAGGGUCAACUGGAGCGGUGCGAAAAUGAGUUAUCGAGUGCCUUGGAUCGAAAUAAAAAUCUGGAGCAGCAACAAUUGCAACUAGAUAAUCAGAUCAUGGAGCUGAGGCAAGAGAUCAAUUGUCAUCGAUCGACAAUGGCCCAGUUGGAUCACGAGAAGGAUCAGUUACUUAUGGAUCUCGAUGACAAGACAGAAAAAAUAGCGGCUCUGGAGCGCGAACUGGACUUCAAAGACAAGCAGAUACACACGAUGGAGCAACAGAUUCGUGACAUGACUCAUACGAAAGAAUUUAUUCAAAUAUACUUUUUACAAGUUCAAGAUUUCACUUAUCGAAAGAAGGAAUAG